AUGGAAAGUCAGGAGGAUAGCAUCGAUUUUGCGAAGUUGCGACGCGACGCGUUGGGGCUACACUCUCCAUCUCAGCUGUGUCACUCAGGCUUUGCAGAUACUGGCAACGAACCAAGGAACAAACUCAGUUACAUAUACCAAGUGAACAGCGCUUCUGGCACAUUUUCUCGCCAAUCUCAACCCCCGAAAACGCCAUCAGACCCCGCGAGAUUUUCCACCAGAGACCAACACUCCCCGACUCGAUCCCGGCAGCAUGAAUCACAACCAAUGAGUUUCCAAAAAAGCGAUGCCGGACCGGAGGCUGUACCGGGAUCGCAAUUUGACAUGAGCUCGGGAAAUGGUGCUCCGGGGGACACCCAGGUUGUAUCGCAGUCAGUGUACGACAGCCUCAUCCGACAAAACGAGGAGUCCAUGCACCAUGAUUUCACACAAACAGGGGCAGACCGAGCAACAUUGAGGACCUUGCACGAAGGCGAUAGCGGCCAUAUCGACCUCUUCGCCGAAUUGGACACCGCACGCCACGGGAUCGAACUCACCCAGUAUAACGACGAAAACGAUGACGCCAGUAAUUCUGAUCCGAACGAGUCUUCUCCGAUGGCCUAUGCGCCCGAUCUCUUCCCCGAGUCGCAAAGGUUCCUGGCCGAAACUCCAGGAACGGGGGUGAAAAGGGCCGAGGCAAACGGCGCGACCACUGAGACCCCGAGCGUCUCGCGGAACCCGCUUGCUGGGGAUAUCGAGUCCAGUGGUGGCCUGAUGGGUCUCAGCCAGGUAUUCAGAGCUACACAGGCGCCGUCAUCUCCUCUCGUCAACCUGCAGUCGGAACUCGCAUCGGACCGCCCAUCGCCGAAUAUUCCGAUCCAGAAAGCCCGGAUUACUCACGGCAUUUCCUCGCCGUUGAUGGGUGUCCAAAACAACUUCGUCAGAGAAUCAUCCGAACCGAACUUGAACUAUAUCUCGAUGAAGGAGUCACAGACCAGGCGCGAUCGGACGUUAGGAGAGAGGUUGACUCGAUCGGCGGGCAACAUCCAGUCGGACCAGAGUGACAAAGAGUUCUACAAGGAGUCGAGCUUUGUAGAACGUGCACGGCGGCAACGGGAGAUUGAUGAGGAAGCUGCGGCCCAGUUCGCCGGUCUGAAGGCUCCUGCCAGAUCGACAUCAAACCUUUCGGCCAGACCAACUUCUCCCCAACACUCACCGCAAGACGUCGAAACGGUCGAGCCUGUUGCUAGCGAGGAAGAAACAGAACAAGAAGAAGAUAGUGUUGUGCAGGUUCCUCAAUCACAAGAGCCUCCUCCAUCUUCAACGGAAGAGGAUAAAGAAAACUACGACGGCCCUCCGUUGGAUGCUGCCGCCGCCGCCAGUGCCCAUGAACGACUAUCUCAGGUGCUUGCCUUUGAGCUAAUGCAUUCACCAUCUGCUACGUGUCUAGAUGCAGAACCAGAGGACGACAUCCAUCGUCCACGCUCCUUCCGCUCCCAAACGGGUAAUCAACCCAACUUUCGUUCUUCCCAAAUGCAGGUGAACGAUUCUCAACCAUCGCCUCAACCAACGCCGCAACCCUCACCGAUAAGCAUUUACGACGAACCUGUUCAGAACAAUAUGCCUCAAUCGCCAUCGCGCUCUCAUGUGAAUUCUCCUUUGCCACAACGUCUUCAAUCCUCUCCUCCUUGCUCUCGACCCGAUCAGCGAUCAAGACCUUCAAGUCGCAAUGGCCAACAAGCUAGCAUUGUGCCAAAUAGCCAGGAUAUAAAGUCUGGAAAGGACACACCAUUCUACAGGAACGGAGACGCACGAUCUAGUGCCCCAUCUGAGCAGCAAGACAUGGGCUCAUCUCACCCCAGAGACCCGGGACUUGGAGUCAAUUCAUCUCUGCAAUCCCAUGUGACUGAAACGCCUGUUCAUCAACGCCUUAAACAUAUUGGUGAUAUGGCUCGAUUGACAAGCAUCCCUGAAACAAGCCCCAGUAACUCCCAAUGCCAUUCAGAAUCUGGAUCCAAUGGCGAUGGACUGAACAAUGAAGAUGAUGAUCUUCCACCGAUGUUCAAUGGUAUUUCUAAUAACAGAAGCAGUCAGAUCCGUCCAUCUGGAGCUAGGGCACUGUCUUCGCCACUCAAAAAACUGCUUUCUAGCCCAGGCGGAGGGCAACGCAGAGCCUUGACCGAAAUUGCGGCAGAUCUUUCACCACAAGUUGGAACGGGAGGAUUCGACAUGGGGAUUGGGAUUUUUGCGAACGACGACAAAGAGUUCAGAGCGCUCGUCGAUGGAUCACCAACCCGACAUAAGAAGAAGCGCCGCGGCAAUGAAGGUCAAAGUUAUAUCGCCUCCGACCCGAUCAUACCUUUCACCCCUCGUGCGCAGCCUCCUAAGUCAGUCACGCCACUUCGCGCACUACACAAUCGACCACCGCCUAUUCCAGAAGAACCAGAGCACGUAUCGCAGAUACAAGUGCCUGCAACAGACGUCCGGAGACAAUCAAAGCCCCCGCGACGAGCUCCCGAAAAUGUAUGGGAAGUGGAGAACUCGCCUGAGCAGCCCUUCCGCCGGAGAUCGAGGAUCGGCCAACGACUCGGCCAGCGCGCUAUGUCGCGAUCUUUGCGAGAAUCGCAAAGCCCGGAAAGGAACACUGGGAAGCCUGAAAGAUCCGCACCUAAGCCUAAAGCUGUCGUUCAUAACCCACCACCACCUCCAUCUUCUGAUCCCGCUGGUACCAGAACCGACUCAGCCGAUAUUGCAGAGUCAGAAUCAGCCUCCACCAUAGCAUCCCCUACUACACCCCGACCAUCCCAAACUUUAUCAGAUAAUACGCAGAUUGCUCCAAGUCAAGUGCUUGCAGUCUGGAGAGGCCAACAAUUGGCAUACUUCCCCGCAACAUGCUUUGGAACCCCACUAGGGGUCUCCCAAAAUCAAUUUUCGGUUAAAUUUGAGGACAGUCACCCUGUGGAAGUGCCCAAAGUUACCGUGAAAAGAUUUGAGCUGCGUGUCGGAGAUGAGGUUAAAGUUGACAUGCCUAAUGUCCCUAAAGUGACCCACGUUGUCCGCGGGCUCGAUGACAAACUUACUAAAGAAGAGCUUUCCAAGGCUGUUGACGAUGGCCUUCAUCCCAUUACUGAUAUUUAUGGCCACGCUACUGUCAUCCUUGGUCCCAAGCAGCGCAAGAGCCUGCCACGUGGUGGACUAAGCGGUACUGAAAACAUCAUCAAGGUGCCAAUUGGCCGCAUCUAUCUGGAUACUAUGCUCUGGAAGAAGCUCCAAGAUCGGGAGUUUACACAUCGGCCCGAUCCUGUUCGUCAAGAAAACAAGGCCGCAACGCCAUCUGAACCCCCGUCUGUGCCUGCAUCUCCCAGCGCUCGCUUCUCUCGGAGCAUUCGUCAAGCCAGCGGGAUCUUCGCCGGAAUGGCAUUCGCGGUAUCUUACAAAGAAGAUGAAACGUCCAAAAACCGUGUCACGAAGAUGAUCGAAGAGAACGGCGGCACUUUACUACACGAAGGAUUCACUCAAUUGUUCGAAGCCUCAUCGAUUAUUCCAAACGAUACCCCGACAAAAACCUCAGCCAAGGAUGAAGCCAAAAACCAAGGCCUACGUCUUACAGCCCUCGCCGAAGAUGUUGGCUUUGCUUGCUUGAUUGCCGACACACAUUCCCGUCGCGAGAAAUAUAUGCAAGCACUUGCAUUGAAUCUCCCCUGUCUGUCAGGACGCUGGGUAGAAGACUGCCUUGCACAAGGCCGCGUUCUUGACUGGGACAUCUACCUUCUACCCGCCGGGGACUCAACCUACCUCAACGGAGCAACAAAAUCCAGACUAAUGAUUCCAACACCCCCAUCUUCCGCCCGUCUCUCCGAAACCAUCUCAGCACGACCCAAACUCCUCAAAGGGCAAUCAGUUCUCCUCGUCAUGGGCCGCGGAAAAGCAGAAGAAAAGCGAAAAGCUUACAUCUUCCUCACAUACGCCCUGGGAGCUUCGCGCGUUGAACGAGUUCCCGAUCUCGGCACGGCCCGAGCCUUGAUCGACUCACAGUCUGAUGCCGGUGUACCAUCCAGCUGGGACUGGAUCUACGUUGACGAUGCGGAUCAACGUGCUGCACGGUGGAUGCUUGAGCCGAAGACGCAGAAGAUUCAUCUGACUCAUGGAAAGAAGCGGAAGAAGUCUACUGUGACCAUUCCUUCUACUCCUAUUCCGAGUGAGCGGAAGAUUACUCCAAAGGUUGUUGGUAAUGAGUUUGUUUGUCAGAGUUUGAUUCUCGGUCGGUUGUUUGCCGAGUGA